GAAACAGCCCCGAGAAGACUGUGGGAAGGCGUUUAAACCCAUUAAUAAAGAGGGUCAGAUGCCACAAGUCGACGCCACAGGGAAUCCGAACGCGCUUCUGCACAGUCACUUGUUCGCCGUCGCCAUGGCUGAUUCCGUGUUUACGUACGACGCCGCCUCGUGGUGUGUUACGCAAGAGAUGAAAGAUGCUUAUGACACCAACGGCUUCAUCCUCGUCAGAAACGCCUUCAGCCCCGAAGAAAUGAGGAAGGUGCGGGCGUUCGUGGAGGGCAGCGACGCCAUCCAAGAGCGAGCCUACAGCCGCGACGACGGCAAGAACCGACGGAGCCGCGUCACCCUGUGGAACCACCCGGGCAGAGACGUCCUCGGGGUGCUCGCCAGGACGCAGAGGGUGGCCGGAACCAUGGAGCAGGUGAUGGGCGGCCAGGAGGUGUACCACUACCACAGUAAACUCAUCAUGAAGGACGCACGUACGGGAGGCCGGCACGUCUGGCACCAAGACUAUGGAUACUGGUAUAAGAACGGCUGCCUGUAUCCGGACAUGGGCUCCGUGUUCAUCCCGAUCGACGACUGCACGAGGGAAAACGGCUGCCUGCAAGUCCUCAAGGGUUCUCACCGCCUCGGCCGCUUCGAUCACGUCAGGAUCGGCGAGCAGCUCGGGGCAGAGCCGGAGAGGGUGGAGAAGGCCAAGGAGCAGCUGGAACACCUCCACCUCGAGAUGAGUGCCGGAGACACCCUGUUCUUCCACUCCAACCUCCUCCACACCUCCGACCAGAACGCCUCCGAUCUCCGCCGCUGGGUGUUCAUCGUGGCGUUCAACCGGCGUUCAAAUAACCCUUAUAAGGAGCAUCACCACCCGCGCUACACGCCCAUGGCGAAGGUUCCGGACUCGGCGCUGCUUGAGUGUGGCGAAGGAAGCGACGACUCCAACGACCAGUGGUUCAUCAAACUCGACGAUGACAUUUCCAUUCGCGAGAGGGUUCACUGAGAGCUUCGAAGCCCAGAAUGAAAUGCGGUUCGAAGCCCACCAUGAAACGCGGUUCGAAGCCCAGAAUGAAAAGCGGUGCGAAGCCUAGGAUGAGAUGUUGUUCGAUGCUUAGAAUUGGAUGUUGUUCGAAGCCCAGAUUGAGGUGAGAAUCGAAGCCCGGAAUGAGAUAAGGUUCGAAGUCGAGAAAAGAGAUGAGGUUCGAGGCCUAGAACGGGAUGAAGUCAAGAUACUAUUCGAAGCCUUGAAUGAAAUUUAAGCCUAAAGUAUAGAUAAGUAAAUAGACUGAUAACUAGAUGAAUAUAGAAAGAUAGAUAAAUAAACAUACAGAUAGAUAUAGAUAUAACAAGGCUUUAAGUACACCUUUUUCCUUUUCUGGAGGAAGUCGAGAAUUAGAUAGGGUUCGAAAUGCGGUUCGUUCAAAAUCUUUGAAGUGAGAAUUAAACAUGGGCUUCGAACGAAAUGUAGUGGUUCUAUUGAGGUCCGAUAUGAGAUUCUUUCGAUUCUUUUGAUAUUUUCGACUUGGAAUUUACAGAAAUGUUGAAAAUAUAUUUUUUAAUAAUAAUAAUAAUAAUAAUGAUAAUAAUAAUAAUAAUAAUAAUAAUAAUAAUAAUAAUAAUAAUAAUAAUAAUAAAAGAAUACAGAACAAUAAAUCUACGUUUUAUCUGACGCUUGCUUCGAACCGCGGAUCUAACAAUGAGAGAGAUUCGAAUCAUAUGAAAUGAAUAAAUUUGAGGCGAAGAAUAAUUUUACUUUUUCAUAUAGGUACGUUUUUGUUUUAUCUUUUUCGUAUCUUUUAGUUUUAUGAAUAAAUGAUGAUUGUUCA